CUGAGCUGUCCUCCUUUCUUGAACUUCUCCUAUAACUUCUUGCCAAAACCAACAAAAAAAAAAAAAACCAACAAACAAACAAACAAACAAAAUACAAACAAACAAAUGAUUCCUACGCUCAAUCCUAAUGGGAAACGACCAACUCAUAACACUACCAACAACUAUUAUGACCAUCAUCACAGGAUCCCACUAGACCCACUCAUCAACAACUCAGCAUCAAAACGACCCAGAACAUCACUAAACUACUACCACCACCACCAACAACAAACAACUGAAAACACCAAGAAUCACUCGCAACGUCCAACCAUCAAAAAAUCACUCUCAGGCCUCAUCUUCCCUCAUCCAAACCAAUCAAACAAUACCCCACUCGACCUACUCAACCCAUCCAACCAAUCACCAACACUCAGAACAGCCAGACUACAAACUCAUAACAACCAAACCAUCCACCAUCAUCCUACUCCCCAGAAUGCCCUAUCAACCAAUCAAAACACCAUCCCCCGUCCAACCCCAAGAGAGAAACAACAGCAACAACCGACGAUCAAGGACAAGGAUGAACUCAAACGCGAGAUGGCCCAGUGGCAAGAGAAGUAUAGGGUCGCCAUCAAAAGCUUUGUCUUCUACCUCCAUCAACUAGAUCCAUCCACCAGCGUAGAUCUAAAACUCAAGAUACGAGCAUGGGGUGCUCGUGUCGACCAAUUCUUCUCAAAGGAGGUCACCCACCUCAUCACCGAUCUCCCAGCCCCAGCCAACCUCUCAGCCCACUCACCAUCACCACGUAAACGAAACACUGCAUACUGUCUACCCUCUCCUACGCGUAAUAAUAAGGAGAACGGCCAGGCGGCUAUCGGCCUUCGUCGGAACGCAAAACGUCUCAGCGCCAUCUGCUCCCCCGAGAAGGAGGCUUCAGCCGAAUCAACUCAUUGUGCAUAUCCUUUGCUUCGUAAAGCUACAGAGCUCAAAAUUAAGAUAUGGAAAUCUGAAAAAUUACUCAAUGUUCUCUAUCGUUUGGGAGACCAAAGAUCGCCCGUCAAACAGCAACAGUUGGUCAAGCCCUCCUUACCCUCUCUAUUACUCAAGGAAGCCCAACAAGGACACACCAACGAAUUCGACCCAGUCGCCCUACGUCCGGAUUAUUACUACUUCGGACCCAAGGCGAUGUUCAUCAUGGUCGAGGAUAUCACUCAAGAGCACAAACCGAUCAUCGUCAAAGAGUACACACGUCCCAAGACUCGUGAGGCCACCAGUUGGCCGAUCAUGUGGGGAGGUACCGAGGGCAAGCCUGCCUUCUCGCGUCAUACUGCAAAGCAAUCCUACCUCCACGUCCGCAACAGGAUCCGGCAGAUGUUUGAGAUGCGUGUGAAGGACUCGGCACGGCAGAAGAACAAUACACGCGAACGCUCCAACUCCCUUGACUGUCUCGGCCCAUCCCACAGACAGCCCGGCGACCGAUCCCCGCCCGCCAAACAGCAAAACCUACGUCGGGCCGUCAGCAUGAACAUGCUACAACGCCGCCAGUCUGGACGCUUAUCGCGGACCACGACGGUUCAUCAGCCCGAUCAGGAGACUACUGAGCAUGACCCUGAUGAUGAUGAUGAUGAUGAAAAUGAAUGUCGAGAGAUCGACCACAUCAACAAGACCGCACCUGAGCAUUUCCGCGGCAACGGCCGGGUCUUCCUCGCCGCGUCCGGUAACAGCGUCACAAUGACCUCCAAUGUCGCAUCGGCUACCUCUACACGUUCUAGUGCGGUCAGGACGGCUCAGAUCGGAAGACAGCUCAUUGACAAACGACUCGCGGCGCUUGGCAAACGUCCUACCUUCGAAAUCAAUCAGUUUAACUCGCCUGGGAUCGGUAGUAGCUCGCUCAAACGAGAGAUCGGGGCUGGUAGUUCAAAGGACCGUUUACAGACCCUCAGAAAAGAACUCGACCCGACUAGUCAUAUCAAUAAGUUGAAGAGAUGUCAGUCUUUGGAUUCUUCGAUGAUCGCCAAGAAGAAAGCCGCUGAUGACGCCAAGGCUAAGUCAAAGAGGAGGGGAUUGGGCGUCCGUGCCAAACUUGGGAACGGGUUUGAAUUAAUCGAUCUGAGAAGACUUGCCAAGAAUGAAGAACCAAAGACGGGUUAUUGCGAAAACUGUAGAUUGAAAUAUUCGGAUUUCCGAAAGCAUAUCUUGACCAGGAAACAUCGCAAGUUCGCCUUGGAUGAGAGUAAUUGGGCCGACCUGGAUGAGACGCUGAAGAAGACAACCCGACGAUUGAAGCCAGGCGUCACAGUGCCGCCAUCGGUCCGAGAGAUGAUCUUAUUAAUGCAUGGAAGUGACAAUGAAGAGGAAGAGGAAGACGAAGACGAGGAGGAGGAGGAAGACGAUGAGGAGGAGGAAGAGGAAGAUGUUAAGGAGGAUGAAGAAGAGGAUGCGGAAGAAGAAGAAGAAGAAGAGGAUGUGGAGGAAGAGGAGGAAGAAGAAGAAGAUGUGGAAGAGGAGGUGGUGGUGGAGGGCGAGGAGGUGGAUGAAGAGGUGGAUGUGCGAGAUGAUGAAAGACGGGACGAGAUACAGAAGGCAACUCGAGUGGAAGAGGUGAUUGAUCAACAAGACGAUCGAGUGGAAGCGGACGAACUAGAGGAAGGCGAAUAUGACGAGACAGAAGAAGACCAUGGAGAAAACAAUGAGGAUCAGGAAGAUGCGCAAGAAGAAGAAGAAGAAGGACAAAUCACUCAGAGUAAUUGUCGAGAACUUCCUCCGACUAACCCCCAGCUUCUUCAUUACGAACUCGAAGAAGGCGAGUGGGAACCGGAACCUGAGCAAUCUGAUAUUGUUUUUUUGUAGUUCCCUCUUUUUCUUAACACCCUUCCCCUUCCCCCUUGACCAAGACACGACAUCAAAAGCCAAUGUAAAAUCUUCCCUCUUAUGUUUCUUUCAUUUUUUUUUUUUAUGCAUAUCUUAUUUGUUAUAACUGUGAUGCACUUAUUUUCUUUUUCUUUUUCCUUACCAGAGUGAUGAUGUUCAAAAAAAAACCCCCAAAGUUGUAUGAAUUGAUUUGAAGAAAAAGUGGAUUUAACUAGAAAAGAAGAAGAGUUUGUUUGAUAAUGAUUUAUAGU